GCUCGGGGUCAGACCGAUUGAUCAACUGAUAUUUCAACCGGUCUGAUAGUGUGAAGAUAGAAGCACUCCAAGAUAGGUUCACAAACUGUCAGAACCCGGAAGACUUGUACAAGCUCGGCUUGUGCUUGUUUGUGGAGUCGGUGUUUCUGGGCCGCGAGGCAAACGCGCUGAUUACGCCUCACAUACUUAGAUAUGUGGAAGACCUCGAGUUCUUCUUCUGGAUUCCUUGGGGGAAGCACUCAUUCGCCAGACUCAUGCACUCGCUUCAAAAAGACAUGUUGAAACAGAAGGCCAACUACGAGAAGAAGCUGAGUUCGGAUGUUCAGCACGAGUGCAAAUACACAGCAUAUGGCUUCGCACCUGCAGUACAAUAUUGGGCGUACGAGGCCAUUUUGGAGAUCGGGAAGAGGUAUGGCACGAAUCACGGGAUUCGGUUCCCCAGGAUGCUUAGUUGGACGAGCAAGGGCGAUAUUGGGAAGAAAGACGUCAGCGCAUUAUUUUCUAGACAGGUAUGAUUUUCACUUAUGUUCAGAAUAAUUAUUUAAUAUAAAUGCUUGUAAUAAAUGCUAAAUGGUUUUAUUUUGAUAUUUUUUGAACCAUAAACAGAAUCUUGAAGUGGUGAAGGGGCUACUUCCAUGGACAGAGGAGGAGGCAUUUGUGAGGACCAUAUCUUACGAUGGUGUGGAGAACCUGGUUGAUGAUGGUGUGGAUGACACAGAGGCUGAGGCAGGUAGUCAGGUACCAGAGACUCAGGUCCCAGACACUCAGGAAACAGACACUCAGGCCACUGGUUCAGAACCUCAGCCCAGUGCACCAUCUUCAUCAGGCGUUCGGGGUGCCGAGUACACUGAUUUAGUGGCGAGGUUGGAUAGGAUCGAGGCUGACACUCGGGGUCUGUAUGCUGCUCAUGUCGAGCUGACGAAGGCAUACGAGACCAGCCAUGUAGAGCUGAAGGGUGGUCAGAACGUAAUUAUGGAGCAGCUCGGAGACAUAUUGGCCAUGUUGAAUCGUCCGCCAACGACAGCUUCAACACCGGAGGCCCCAGCAGAUCCAUCUACCCCACCACCAGCUGCUUCACCCCCAGUAGAAGAGGAGGAGGUCUUCCCCGACGAUUACGAUCCUUAUGAGGGAGCUCCAGCGACUCCGAUCGAGGCACAACCUGUUAUCCAUGUACAUGACACCGAGUCGCAGGGUGAGAUUCUGUCGAUAGAGGCACAACCUACAGUGGUUAAGAGUCAGAAGAGGAAGAGAAAGCCUCCUGUAUGGUUCGGUGACUAUACGGAGAUGAAGAGGAGACAUAGGCCAUCUUCGACUUUUGAUCCCCUGGAGCCACCGGAUGAGAAAUUGUUAACCACUUUCCGAAAGUGGUGUGUUGGACUCAUUCCGAACCACCGACUUCGGGAUUUGAGAAGUGGUGAUUACGGUCCAGGAUUCUUUUGGAUAAUGCUCACACCAAAUGAAUGGCUUACAAAUGACGUAAGUAAAGUAUUUUAUAAUAUUACUUCACUUUACAACUUUAUGUGCAAUUAAUAUAUUUUUUUGUCUAACUGACAUUUCCCUUUAUAUGCAGCAUAUAGAUGCAGCAAUGCAUAUGCUGAGGAGGCGACGCACCGACUAUCCACUGACAUUUCCUCAGAAGGGUGUCAUUCUCUCCACAUUCGUGACCACCAUGAUCAGCAGUGCAUGGACGAGCCACAGGGGUCCGAGGAAAAACUUUGUGUGGGAGGAUUAUAUCCUGGACUACUGCAGAGGGGUUCAUAAGGUAUUGUUUUAGUAAGAUUUUAAAUGUUAAUUGUUUGGGAAGAUUAUUAUGGUUUGUUAAUUGUUUCGUUGUUCUCUGUAAUUACAAUCCCAAGUCUUUGAGAGAUGGAGGGGUAACGAGUUUAUUUACUUCGUUCUGAACCUUCCCGAGGCAAGGCACUGGGUCACACUUGAAGUCGACAUAGAGCUGUGGAAAAUUAAUGUCUACGACUGUGAUUCCAGCGUCUGUCAUUGGACCGCCAUGGAACCCAUCCUGAAGACUUGGGGAGAACUGCUGCCCUCGCUAAUCCUUGCAACCGGGGAAUUUCCACAUAACAACCAGAUCAUGGCGUUAACUAACAGGGACAUCACGGUGCUUCCAAAAAUGCACUCGACUCGAGCCACUCACGACUUAGUUCCGAAGUCAACAACCAGGUACAUAGCGAUAAAAAAGUACUAUAGUAUUAAAAUAUGUUUUACAUUAGACUGACUUUACAUUUUAUUUUGCAUUUAGUGGUGAUUGUUGUUGGAAAUUAUUUUACCAGGAUCUUAGAUCUACUCACAAGUAUGUUUAUUAACACCCUAAAUAUGAACUUUCUAAAACGAUGAAAUAAACACAUAUAAAGUUUAGGAAACCUUACAUUGGGUGCAGCGGAAUAAUAUGACUCCUUCCGUUCAGAUAUCUAGCCCUUGAUUCCUUUCUGUAGCAGAGCAUUAUCAAUAUCUGAACCUGGAUCUCUUUCUCUGAAUCUUUGAUGCUGAAAACUCCUUCUUGCUGAAUGUCUUUCUUCACGA